CGAAAACCCCUCAGGAUCGAUCUCGUCACCCCUCUUCACCACACACCCCCCCCCUCCUUCGAUUUCUCUUCUUCGGAUUAUAUCCGCUUUAUCGCCCGCCUUUAUCUUCGUUGAUUUUCCAGGUAAGACCACCGGCCGCCUUCGAUCCAUCGGGCGCAAGGUCGGGUUUUCCUCGCCCGUCACUUCGCUACCUAGUCAGAUCGUUACGAAAACCACGGUCAUCCCUCCGCUUCUCCUUGGGCAAUGUGAAGCUGACUCUAUAGGUGAAGUUCUUCUUUCGAGAGCUUAUAUCCUUCGAUCAUCACCUUUUCCUCGAUUCCUUACUCGACCUUCUACUUUCCUGACAUCAUGGACGCCUCCGACUUGCACGAGAACCCCAUGGUUGAUGAGAACAUGGCUGACGCCGUUGACAUGAUGGAUGAGGGUGACAUUGAAAUCAUCCCCAAGACUGAAGAGGAAUACGCCCAGUCCACGCUGACUCUCCGCGCCAUCGUCUCCUCCAAAGAAGCCGGUAUCAUCAUCGGUAAAGCCGGCAAGAAUGUUGCUGACCUGCGUGACGAAACCGGUGUGAAGGCUGGUGUGAGCAAGGUUGUUCCUGGAGUUCACGAUCGCGUCUUGACCGUCACUGGUCCCCUGCACGGCACUGCUCGGGCCUAUGCUUUGGUCGCCAAGGGUCUGCUUGAGGGCGCCCCGCAGAUGGGCAUGGGAGGCGUCGUGUCCAACAAUGGCACCCACCCCGUCCGUCUCUUGAUCUCCCACAACCAGAUGGGUACCAUCAUUGGACGCCAAGGUCUCAAGAUCAAGCACAUCCAGGACGCGUCCGGCGUGCGCAUGGUUGCGCAGAAGGAAAUGCUGCCUCAGUCCACUGAGCGCAUCGUUGAGGUCCAGGGCACCCCCGAGGGCAUCGAGAAGGCUAUUUGGGAAAUUGGAAAGUGCCUCAUCGACGAUUGGCAACGCGGAACCGGCACUAUUUUGUAUAAUCCUGCUGUUCGCUCCUCGGUCGGCGGUACUAGCAGCUCUGCCAGCAACCAGAACACUGGCAAUGGUUACAGCAGCCGCCCCUACAAUCGCACCGGCAACGGUGCCGACUUCAGCGACCAGUCCGGCAGCUACAGCAGAAGAUCCAACCCCGAUACCAGCAACCGCGGCUACCCUCUCGUCACCGAAGACGGCGAGGAGAUUCAGACCCAGAACAUCAGCAUUCCCGCCGACAUGGUUGGAUGCAUCAUUGGCAGGGGCGGAAGCAAGAUCACUGAGAUCCGUAGAAGCUCUGGAGCUCGGAUCUCUAUUGCCAAGGCUCCUCACGAUGAGACGGGCGAGCGCAUGUUCACCAUCAUGGGCAGCGCCCAGGCCAACGAGAAGGCUCUCUAUCUUUUGUACGAGAACCUCGAGGCCGAGAAGACUCGCCGCAGCCAGCUUCCUCAGGAGUAAAGUCCUAUCAUCAGACAACCCUUAAGCACAAAUCUCGCGCCACAUUGCUAUCACCCGAAUCCUUAUGCGCUUCCUCCCAGAGAACAUAAUCGCGCGAUGUCUCCCUCUCGCUUGUGCUAACCACUUUGAUUCUUGACGCUGUCUUUUUUUUUU